AGUACAAGGCGCAUCCAGGCAUUGAUAAAAACGAAGCCGCAAGUUGCAACGAUUACUGACGAAAAAGGAGUUGCGGCGCGCAUCUACGCACCGCGCAUUUAAUCAAAGCAGCAAAGUGCAAGUGCAGAAAAAUGCGUUUCAUCAUUUAAUUUUUAAAAUUAAGACUUGAGAAAAACAAUUUAACAUGCCGAUUAUGUAUAAUACUGGCGAGUGGUUCAAGGUGCGUCCGGACUACUACAGAAAAUUUGAGCUCGGUACACCCAAAUGGCCAAUCGACUUUGAUUUAGAGUACAUGCAAGUUGUUGCUGCACCCUAUGGGGGUCCCAUAGCAGCAAUACGCGAUGUAACUAAAUUGGUGCCAGUAAAGGGAUCUUUCAAGCCAAUGAUAAGGAUUUUUGACACCAGUGGUCAUGAGUUGGGACACAUAUUGUGGAAUCAUGGCAAACUUAUUGCCAUGGGCUGGUCCGAUACCGAGGAUCUAAUAUGCGUUUUGGAAAAUGCCAAAGUCUUUGUUUACAGCAUGACUGGCACUGAGAAGGAAUCAUAUAGCAUUGGUGGGGAAGCGAGUGUCAUCAAGAUUGUUGAAGCCAAAGUUUUUCAAUCUGCUGCGGGCACAGGCGUGGCUGUUUUAACAACAUCUGGCCGGAUCUUUUUGAAGCAAAACAGCAGCAAGACGGAACGCAAGCUGCCGGAUAUACCAAACUCAAGCGUAAAUUGCAGCUGCUGGGAGAUCGUUACUGAGGGUCGCAAUAGUAACUGUUUGCUGGGACGUGAGCGUGAGAUUAUCAAGUUAAUACACGGCGAAUCUGUUGGCACUGUAACCGCCCAUCUGUUUGAGAAACCACAUGAUCGCAUUAUAAAAAUUAGCGUCUCCUACAACCAUCAACACUUGGCAUUGUAUACAAAUACAGGUUUGCUUUGGCUGGGCAGUGUGGAUAUGCGGCAAAAGUAUUGCGAAUUUGAUACAGGUCGCCGUGACAUACCAUUGCAAAUUGAAUGGAUAAUGAACACGCACAACUCAGAUGCAGAUGCUGUUGUCAUCUCGUAUCCUUCGUACUUGCUAAUUGUUAAUAGAAAUGCAGACAAAAGCGAGUUUCCCUAUGAUCCAAUCAUGUUUCUUGUGGCUGAAAUGGACGGUGUGCGCAUUAUAACUCAAACCACGCAUGAAAUGAUACAACGUUUGCCAAAAUGUGUGGAGAACAUAUUUGCGGUCAAUAGUCAGGAACCUGCGAGCUAUUUGUUUGAAGCACAAAAUAAGUUCGAGGAGCAAUCAUACAAAUCGGAUGAGUAUCUAAGCAUGUGCCGUGCAGACAUUGAGCUUGCUGUUAAGGAAUGCAUUGAAGCGGCAGCCUUCGAAUUUUGUCCUGAAACUCAAAAGAGUCUGAUGAGAGCAGCUUGCUUUGGAAAGGGUUUUAUAGAAAACCACAAUCCGGAAGAAUACAUGAAUAUACUAAGAAUACUGAGAGUCUUGAAUACCUUACGGCACGAUCGCAUGGCAAUGACACUAACUUAUAAACAAUUCUCGCAUUUGACCCCGGAGAUAGUGUUAAAGCGCCUGGUCUUUCGCAAUCACUAUGCCAUUGCUAUUCAAGUGGCAAAGCACCUGAUAUUUCCGGAAUCGUGGAUAUUAGAACAUUGGGCUUACAAUCAAAUUAUGACCAAUACGAACGAUGUCGAGGUCGCACGCAAGAUUACAGAAAAGUUUAAGAAUCCAUCUAUUGAGGGUAUAUCCUACUGCAACAUUGCUGAGAAGGCACAUGAGGCUGGUCGCGAUGAGCUGGCUAUUAAGCUAUUGGAGCUGGAACCGCGUGCUGAGAAGCAGGUGCCACUACUGCUUAAAAUGGGCAACUAUGAACGUGCUGUGGCAAGUGCUGCACAGUCUGGCGACGCAGAACUGGUGACAUCUGUGCUGCUUGAUGUUAAAAAGAAAGUGAUGCUCUCCAAAUUUCAUAUGUUAAUACGUGGUUAUCCCUUGGCUCUCAACAUGUAUAAGCGCAUAAUGAGUCAGACCAGUCGUACGGCACUCUAUGAUAUAUACAACCAAGAAGAUGACCAUCAGUCCAUAGCAGAGAUUAAUUUUCUGACUGCAAUUGAAAAUGAUGAUCUAGAAUCAAAUCUAUCUAUAAUUGGAAAUAGUUAUGCACAAGCCAGAUGCACCUCGGAAGCAGACCUAUGUGGUGAUUACGCGCGUUUAUUCAAGCAACAAAAGGCAUUUUCCACCAAGCACAAUAGAGCUUCUUUUCGCGGUUUGUCUAUACACGACACCAUGUUGGAGUUGCUUAAAAUGGGUCAAAUAAAGGAAGUGGAGAAAAUGAAAAACGAGUAUAGAGUGCCAGAUCGAAGGUACUGGUGGAUGCGCAUUAUCACUAUGGCCGAAAAACAAAAUUGGGAUGAGCUGGAUAAGUUUUCCAAGAGCAAAAAGAGUCCCAUUGGUUACGAGCCAUUUGUCGAUGUCUGUCUGAAAAAUAAUAAUCCAACCGAGGCGCGAAAAUAUAUUGCUCGUUUAUCAGCAAAGCGCAAAAUCUUUUGGUUUAUGCGUGCCAAUUUGCUUAAUGAAGCUAUAGACAGUGCUUUUGAGCAACGUGACAGAGAAGACUUGGUUGAUAUACAAACGAAAGUUCAAUUAACGCGAGACCAGGCACUUAUGGAUAAAAUUACCAACUAUUUAGCAAUACUUGAUGCAAGACGUUAAAUGCAGCAUUCCAUAAAAAUUAUAUGUAUGUAUAAUAAUCCCAAACGCAUUGCGUUUUAAAGCGAAUAUUUUAUCUACAUUAUAAUAUGAUAUACAUUUUUGAUCUGUACAUAAUAUACAAAUACAUAAUAUUUUAAUCAAAACGCCCUUCAAAACUUCAGUCGUCAAAGAUUUCAAAAUUUAAGGCAUUCUCAAAGAUAAUUUUAGGAAGGCGUACACAUUUUUGUUGGUAUUUAAGAUGACAUGUUAAAAACUAUUAUACUAGUAAAAUUACUAAGUUAUAAAAUAUCGCGCCAACUUCUGGACAACUAAAUUGUAAAUGCCGAUUGGAAUGCAAACUUAUUUUCAUAGGUAUUGAAACCUAAAAAAAAACUAGUUUACUAGUAUAAUAUAUAAUCGUAUAAAUACAUAACAUCUACUACGAUGUUAGCUUGAAGCCAAACCUUUUUAUUUUGUUAAAAAUUCUAUAACUGAGUCAGUGAUUCAUAAAUAUCUUUUACAAACCACAUAUUUUAUUUGUUAAUAAGUUAAAAGCUAUAACUAAAUACUAAUUAAUUUCUUGAUACUCAAUAAUCGGGCCUAAUCUUUGUUGCUCAAACGUCUAUUUAGGUAUGGAGCAUAAGUUCACAAAAGAUUGUUAGAAAUUAGCUCUUUCUUAAAAUAUGUAAUCGACUAGUUUCAACAAUCCUUUAAAUAUGUAAUAGAGUUGUAUUAAAAACUGAACAAAAGGGAAGCUUAAAAUAUUAUCAACGAUAACUUCGUCAUUAUAUGUAUAUCAAAUACUUAUGUUGGUGUCUAUGAUAAAUAUGCUCAUUUUACGAUGGCUAAUAAUAUUAUUGUGCAUUAACUAUUUAUUA